AUGGAUAAGCAGCAUAAAAUGGUGCAUGGAAGAGACGAGUUCAAGUCAGAGGUCGAAAUUCUUAGCAGAGUUCAUCACCGGAAUCUUGUGAGGAUACUGGGGUACCACAUUGGGGAGACAGAAGAACUUAUUGUGUUUGAGUUUAUGGCUAAUGGAUCACUCGACCACCACCUGCAUGGCAAUGCUUGCACAUCACCAAUUGGCUGGGAAAGAAGGCUUCAGAUGGCAAUUGAUGCGGCAAAGGGUCUGGCAUAUCUUCACCAUGAUUGCUAUCCGAAAGUGGUGCAUCGUGACAUCAAAGCUUCUAAUAUUCUUCUUGAUGCAAACAUGAAUGCUCAGGUUGGUGACUUUGGCCUGGCACGCUUGUUGCAAGAUGAUUCUGAACAUGUCACUACGAGAGUCAUGGGCACCAUAGGAUACUUGGCCCCUGACUACGCAUUUUCAGGGCAAUUGACGGAAAAGAGUGAUGUUUACAGUUUUGGUGUUCUACUGCUGGAGCUCCUUACAGGGAGACAGCCCGUGGAUGUCACAGCUUCGACUUUUCAAGGCCAAAGUCUUGUAGAAUGGGCGUGGCAACAGACAAUUGGAGCAGAGACCAUAAGAGAGAUUCUGGAUCCACAACUGAACAAUGUGUACAACGCUGAUGAGGCUCUGUGCAUGUGGCGUGUUGCACUGGACUGUGUAAAUCACAUAGCAAAGAAACGACCAACAAUGGAUAAGGUUGCCAAGCUACUCCAAGAUGCGAGAAAAGAGGAAGACAUGGUGCAUGGAACAGAUUCAGCAUCAGUUACUGGUAGGUCUGGAGGCGCUGUUGAAAUAGCUGUCAGCAGCAGUCUGCCUGUAUCAUUCUCUGGACCGUUGAGCGGUGGAGAGGAGUCUACACUCUCUUCAACAUUUCAGAAUGUUGCCAAAAGCCCUUCCAUACGGCAUGGUGACUCAAGCCCGAGUAUGCAUGAUGAGCCUCAAGUUGCAGGUGAGGUUGAGUGGAGCCACCGGCUGGACAUGCUGAAGCAAGCAAAUGCAGCCAUUAGUCCUACCACGGAGUGGCCGCGUGUGGAGGUGCAGAGUGGUAUUGUCUCUGAGAAUGAGACUGUUGAGUGGAGCAGUCGAUUGGAGAGGCUGAGAAAAGAGGCUCACUAG